AUGCAGAAUAGACCUCAUUCAGCAAUCAUGAAAUUGAAAUCUGAGGCAUCUGAUGCACGAUCUAGAGAUUCAAUAUCUCAUUUAAUGUUUACUCCUAAACAAAACAAAGUUACAAGCCCUCCCACUAAACGAUAUGCUGAUGGAGAGACUCUUUACAUUCAGAAUCUUCAAUUUAAAUAAGAGGCAAAUAUGCUUCGUAUGCAGAAUAUUAAAUUGAGAACUUUGGUUUAAUAGUUAUAAGUAAUUUGUCUACAUUCUUAAUACUUUAGAAUCGCAUUUAGUAAAUAGAGAAAGUUGAUCGUUAUCAGUUACACACAGACCCUUUAGGGUUGACAACAGCAAAUUAAGAAGGGAGUAUUGUGCCUAUGCUUAAAGCUAAGAUAAGAGAAUAGGCAUAAUAAAUAUUCGAGCUUACUGACGACUUAAGAAGACAAUGCAAAUCAGUGAAAUUAACUUAACUUGUAGAAUUACAGAAAGAAAUAAAGAAUCAGCAAGAUGAAAUCAUGCGCUUGAAACAGUUUCAAUAAGUCGCCAUCAAGGUGACAGACCAAGAGUAUGUGCUUUCCAUAUGAAAACAGCUUAUUUAAUGAUCCAGAGAUAGGGGAGCGUAUAAAAAAUUAUGUGUUGACCAUCAAUGCCCAAGAGAGCCAAAUUGAAGUACUAGAAAAGCAAAUUAAUCAACUUAAAUAUGAAUAUUAAGGACUUGUUGAAGACAAUAUAAAGGUGAAGGAAGAAGUUAAACAGAUUUCUUUUGAGAAAACUCAAUUAAAGAAGAAAUUAGAAGAUUAAACCAUUACAGAGACAGAAUAAUAUUAAUAAAAGAAAAGAGAAUUUUUAGAGAAGAAAUUGCAGUAUUAUGUAUUGAUUAUAAUUAGGAGUGUAUUAAAAUAAGUUGACACUUUAAAAGGGGAACUUUCACUUUAUGAAACUAAAUAUAAAUCAGCUACGAAAUAAUAAUAAGAUUAAGAACGAGAGUUUAAAUAAUAAAUAGCUUUAGCUCAGAAAGCUAAAUAGAAUUUAGAAGAUACACUUUCUAAAAAAGAAUUGCUAAUGUAUUAUUUAAAAUAAAUUUAUUAUUAAUUAGACAAGAUUUAUAAGAUCGUGUUGCUAUAUAGGAUCUACUCAAACAAAAGACUACAUCAGAAGAACCUGUUGUUAAACAUUUGAUUCCACCAAAAUGUUAUCGUUCUUAAUUUACUUAAUUUCCAGAAGUCCAAUAAGCAGAGCAUAAAGCUACUGAUAUAAUUAAUACUGAUCCAAUAGAUUAAGAACGAUUAAAAGAAUUGCUUGAAGAUUUAAAGUAUAAAGUAAUUUCAAUGUGUUUAACUCGAUCAAAACUUCAAUAUUUAUUUAAAGGAAUCGAAUUUAUUUAAUUAUCAUAAGGACUAAAAUUGUUUAUGAAGAGGCCAUUUAAUUAUUCAGAAAAAGAUGCUAUAGUUUUAAGUAGGUAUUUUAUUGGAGAAGACAAAGGAUAAGGUUAUAAAAUUUAAUGGGAAGAUACUCAAAGUGUAAAUGAUAUGAUAUUGUAAAUGAUUCCAAGUAAGGAGGAUACUCAAUUUAAUUUCAAAAGUAUAAUAAAUAAGAAUAGUUUAAUAAAAUUCUUGAAUUUUGAAAUGAAAUAAUUAAAAUUAGAGGAUAAAAAGUACAAUAUUGAUGAAUACAUAAUUUAUAUAAAGAAUAAUACAAAAUGGAAUUUGGAACACAUAAGUUUUUUGAGAUUAAUAAAUUCUUUGUAUCUUGGUGAUUCAGGCAAUAUAGAUCAAGGAUUUUUGAGUUUGUAUUUGAGAGAAGAAUGUGAAAUGAUGGAUCAAUUAAAUAAAUUAUAAAAGAUUAAUUUCUAAAUAUAUAGAUCAACACCAAAGAUUUAAAUAAAAUAUGAAGAUGAUGAGGAUAUAGUUUAGAAGCCUGUUGAAAUGAAAAUGCAUAUAACUGUUGAACCAAUCCUUACAUAUUCAUGUAAAUUAUGAAUGUUAAUAUAGAACUACGAUAGAAUGAUUAUUCAUUGAAGACUUCUGAAAGUAGAAAACCAACUACUUGUGGAAGAGAAAAUGUUACCUAUAGUGAAACUUAUGUUGAGAGCAUACCUUUCAUAAAGAAAUAGAGUGAGUAGACAAAAAUUGUAAAUUUUAAAGUAGAACAAAUCAAAGAGUAGCAAAAGGAAGAAGAAUAAAGUGAAUUUAAAAUGUCAGAUAGCAUAUUAUAACCACCAUCACUUUUAAAGAAUAAAGAAUUGAAUGGAGAUGAAGAAUAGGAAUUAGAAGAGGAGAUCUAUUAUGAAGAACUAUGA